GUAUAAGGUCAUCCCCGGACGAACUAGUCCAGCCAUGAAGAUAUCUGGCCAUGUUUUACGUUUUUCUCAUUCAGAAUUUGGACCGAUGUCUCCCUCCAAGGCUGAGCUAUCCCCCGCAUAACCAGGACCGUCCGUCUGCCCUCGUGCUCGGCGCUCCGAAGUGCAUCGGAUAGCUUUCCCGAUUCAAGACAUCCUACAGCGCAAUCUCAUUUAAAGCAGCCCCCGCAACAGUCAUGCCAAGUUCGCGCCCGCCGUGACUGCGACGCUGGCCCCUGGCGUCCUCCUCACCUUAAUCGGCCUCCCGCUCGUGUUCCCACAUGACCAGCAUCAUUCUCAGAUUCUCUCCCGUGCUCAUGCCAGGGGGGCAACCUCCACGUCCUUCCCUAAUCGUUCCUUCGGCCGACGAUGGUAGGCUGAGUGAACCACGAGAAGGGCGAUUCUGGGACCUUGAGUGGGAAGGUUGCCAUACAUAGCAUCACCUACAUUGAUCACCGUCACAUAGGAAAGAAGCAGGUCACAUCCGAGAUGGGGAGGGUACAUGACGGACAGCGACAUAUCUAAUCAAACGCAAGGGGCGUUGCGACUUUUUCCCCAUGUCGCGAUCAGGCGCAUCGCGUCGAGGAGGACAAGUGAGGUUUCUUGGACCAAGUUCUUAAGGGGAUUGUGCGCCGCGCCUGGAGAGAGACUGACUUUCUGACGACGGGUGUUCCUUUUUGAGUUGCUUGGUGCUGCGACCUCUUCAAGAACCAGUUCGAAAGUCUCCAAUCUCAUCCAAGAUGCGUUGGUGUCUCCAUGUCACAAAUGUGUUGCUCGGCUACAUCGUGGCUACGGCCUCUGCUGUCCCAAGCCAGCACUUUGUCCCACGGCAAUCUACCGACAUCCUCGCGUCUUAUGACUACGUCGUUGUCGGUUCCGGGCCGGGCGGUGGCCCACUUGCCGCCCGGCUCGCCAUCGCCGGGAAGAAGGUCCUGCUCAUCGACGCCGGCGACGACCAGGGAGACUCGAUCCCGUACCAGGUCCCUGCGUUGAACCUUCAGUCGACAGAGUACGCCCCAAUGAAAUGGGACUACUACGUUCAACACUUUGCCGAUCUCGAGGCCCAGAAGAAGGACUCCAAGAUGACAUACCGACUUGCGAACGGGGAGCUCUACGUCGGACUCAACCCACCGGCUGGCGCUGAGCCACUCGGCAUCCUUUAUCCUAGAGCUGGUACGCUGGGUGGUUGCGGCAGUCACAACGCGUUGAUCACGGUCUACCCGCACAAGUCAGACUGGGAUGGCAUCGCGACCUUGACCGGAGACACCACCUGGGGCGCGUCCAACAUGCGGAAGUAUUUCCAGCGCCUAGAGAAUGCUGAAUACUUGCCCAAUGGUAUUGUAGGACACGGGUUCGACGGCUGGCUUACCACCUCCGUGACGGACCUUGGACUUGUCAUCAAGGAUGUCAAGCUCCUCACGGUUAUUCUGUCCGCUGCUUCCGCCAUGGGCAAGAGUCUCCUUGGCUUGAUCUUCUCGACGAUCCAGGGUCUCGGCGAGGUUCUCCUUCGUGAUCUCAACGUCGAUCUGCCCAGCCGUGACUCUGCCGAGGGCCUCUACCAGGUCCCCAUCUCCGUCAACAAGGGCGUCCGCAAUGGACCGCGCGAGUUCGUCCUGGACACGGCCAACGCGAAGAACGCGGAUGGUUCUAGAAAGUACCAUCUCGACAUCAAGCUCACCACCCUCGUGACCAAGGUGCGCUUCGACCAGAGCGGCGCGAAGCCCCGGGCCGUGGGGGUAGACUUUGUUACGGGACAGAGCCUCUACCGCGCCGACCCCCGAUCCGGCGAUGCCGGCUCUGGCGUCGCCGGAUCCGUAAACGCCACGGCCGAAGUCAUCAUAUCAGCCGGCGCCUUCAAUACCCCGCAGCUGCUCAAGCUCAGUGGCGUUGGCCCCAAAGAGGAGCUAUCCUCUUUCGGUAUCCCUUCUAUCGUCGAUCUUCCUGGUGUUGGCACCAACUUGCAAGACCGCUACGAGACGUCCGUUAUUGGCGAAACGCCGACAAACUUUCAGAUCAUCGAAGGCUGCACCUUCAUUCGCCCCAGCACAGACGAUCCCUGCUUGAAAAAGUGGCAGGACGGCGCCGCGAGUGGUGAUAGGGGGAUCUAUGGUUCCAACGGCAUCAGCCUGGGUAUUGUGAAGAAGUCGACAGUGGCAGAGGGAGACCCGGACCUCUUUAUCGCAGGAGCACCAGUCGCCUUCCCUGGCUACUAUCCCGGAUACUCCGUCGAUGGCACCGCGGACCAAAAACAUUGGACGUGGAUCACCCUCAAAGCCCACAGCCGCAACCGGGCCGGAACCGUCAAGCUGCGUUCAGCCGACCCGCGGGAUAUGCCGCAGAUUGACUUCAACUCGUUCCAGGACGAGGCAACGGGCGCUAAGGACAUCCAGGCCGUGGUAGAGGGCAUGAAGCUCUCGCGCAAGAUGUUCGAGAGCGUCGUGCCCCUCACGGGAGGCUUCACCGAGGUCUGGCCCGGGAAGAAUGUCACCGAUGCGGACUUGCCCGAGUUCGUCAGGAAUGAAGCCUGGGGCCACCAUGCCAGCUGCACGUGCCCCAUUGGCAAAGACGGCGAUGCCACCGCCGUCUUGGACUCAAAUUUCAAGGUGAGAGGGACCGAAGGUCUGCGGGUGGUGGACGCGAGCGUGUUCCCCAAGAUUCCUGGGUAUUACAUCGCGUCGGCGGUGUACAUGAUUAGCGAGAAGGCGGCGGAUGUAAUUCUUGGAGUAUAGAUACCUUGAUGCUCUGGUUGCUUCUUCUUUUACUGUAUUGUUACACAUGGCGGGCGGGAAAAGCGCGCCGUAGGAUUUUGAGGUGUGACCACGAAGGGUCUCUGGGACGUUUCCGUACAUACUUGGUACCUACCGUAUACUUGACGACGUUUAAACAUUUCAUGAAUCUACCACACCACUGCCUC